GACCUUUGAAGAGAGAGCUGCUUAUCAUAUGAAAGCAUGCUAAUGAAGAGCGUCAUUCAUCUCAAGUGCACAUGUGACCCAGACAACAUGCAUGGAUCGGGUCUGUUUUGUAGUUCUUGUUGUUGUUGUAUUUUAAGCCCAAGAGCCAGGCUGAAUGAGAGCCUAAGGAUUAGGCAGCCACCUUUCUACAUCACAGUGUCCAGGCAGGGGUGGACGUAGGUUGCCGUUGACACACACAGCAGUUCUACCGUCCCCCACUCGGCUGUCUUUAGACACCGACCUGCAUGGCGGCCACGGGCGCUGACUCUGUGGGGCUCCGGCCCAGGGGACGGCGCUGGAUGAGGCGGCUGCGGCGCCUGCUGCGCUGCCCCUGCCUGCGAGGAGACGGCCAGGACAGCCAGGAGAGGCACUGCCGCCGGGGGAGCCUGGAGGUCCCGGGGCCUCCCUGCGUCCGGGACGGAGGGCCGUCGCCUGCGUGCACGGAGACCAUCCACAUCACGGUGGAGGACAUUGACACCCUGGGUCUGGACAACCCGGGGUUCAGCCUGUCUGAAGAGGAGGUCUUCCCGGCGCAUAGCAACAGCAUCAGCAUCGGCCACGGCGUCGCUCGCUCGGUGUCCGCCUGCCAGAGGGCCAUGAAGAAGAGACGGCUGAAAGCCCUGUCUUCCCUCCCUCUUCUGAUCCCCCUCGUUGACGCCACCACAGAGGCCAGCGGCGGCGGCGGGGAAGACCGCCGCCUGGAAGAUGAAGGAGAGGAGGAGGAGAGCCUGUGGUAUCUCCACGGCGACACCGAGAUCACCCUGAACGCCGGAGGACUGCUGCCGCCGCCCAUCAUCACCCUGAUCCCGCCGACGCCGUCCGACGUCGUCGAGGUCGACGACGACGACCAGUUCUUCGACGACUAUUCCGAAGGGGAGAGCGCGACGCACACCUCGGGCGGCCACGACCGGGAGAGCGACGACGAAGAGGGGGCGGUGGACGGCACGGAGGAGGCGGGAUCGGAGAUAGAGACGGAGGAAGAGGACGAGGAGGAGGAGGAGGAGAAGAUGGGGUUCCCUCUGGCUGAGAGUCAGGUGGAUGGCGAUGAUGAGGGGGAGGCCGUCGCUGGCCAAGACAGGGAGGGUCCAGAGGAAACAGAACCUCCGAGCCAGGAGACGGGGGAGCAGGUCUCCGGGACCCCUUUCCUACCCAGUGCCUACCAGGUGGCUCGGUUGCCAGAGUACCCUCGCAAAAAGAGCCUCAACAAAGGGAUCAAUCUGCUGGCCUUUACCGAACACAACCUGGAUGAUCUGAGCAACAAGGACAUGAGCUGCCCCCAGCUACUGCGGGCCCAACUGAAUCUGCUUCCUUACACCACCAAGAUGGAGACGUCUACCCCAAUACGGAAUCCAGCUCGCCGGUCUUGUAGCUUUGGAGACGGGAGAAGGAGCCCUAGCUUCCCUAUGAUAGGACAGACCACGGCCCAGAACCAGGAAGAGGAGGGGUCGUCACGACAACGACGCAUAACCAUUGCGUCCUACAUGCCCCAGUCGUCUAAGGACCAGAAUGGAAACUUUGCAGAGAAGGACAACAACGGGCACGGGGCCAAGGCUCUCCCAGGACUCAACACAGAUGAAGUCUGCCAAUGGUUUAGCAGUCUCGGACUGCAGAGAUGCCUCCCUUUCAUCAGAGAGGGACACCUGUGUGGCGCAGACAUCGCCUCCGUGGACGCCAGCACCCUGGAGAUGCUCCACCUGUCCACGCCCGAGGACCGGGAGCUGCUGCUGUCCAACAUCUACAGAGAGCUCCACCCGCCCAAUAGCCUGACCCGGAGACUGGACUCUCUGAUCGAAACGUUUGGGCCUCAUAACAACGUGGAGAGCUUUACCGCGGCGCUCGUGUCCAUGAGCAAGUCCAUGUCCGCCCCUCACGUGAGCGGCCUCACCGCGACGCCUUCCUCCCUAAUGCUCAGAGCCAAGAGCAGCAUGGGGCAGAGGAGCACUCAGCUGAUAGAGAUCACCGUUCAUGCAUUAGAGCAAAUCGUCCAUCUGCGUACGCCAAAGGAAACCACAGUGGGGAAGGUCCAAGAGUCCUGUGUCAAGAUGCUGGGCCUGACAGAGGAUACGCACACCUUUACGCUCAAAGACAACACAGGGCUAAGCAAUGGACUCUCAGCCAAUCAACAGAUUGGCAACCUGUUGACAACCUCCAAGAGACAACUGGAGUUGCACCUGUGUAAAAAGGACAAACAAACAGAAGGCGAGACCUCAAAAGUGAACGGUUCUCAAUACAACGUAAACCAGAAUGUGCAGCCAGCGAAAGAGGAGAAGAUCAAGGAACUGAACCAGCAGGUGGACUCUCUGCAACACGUCAUCCUCCAGGUCCAGGAACUCCACCACGGGCUGGUGGCCUUCUGCUCUGAGCUGAAGAGCGUGGACGUGGAGGUGGAUGUGACGGAGCUCAGUCCCGUCGAGCUGAGACAUCGGUUGGAAUCGGCCCAGAGCCAACUGCAGGAGAAGAGGCAGAGCCUUCAGAACCUGAAGGAGAACAUCAGCAACGCUGCAGCACAGAGGAACAUGGAAUGGCGCUCGGAGAUCCGCCUCAUUGACAAGAUGAAACUGAACUGUCAGGUGUUCAAGGCGGAGAUCUCCGUGGUGCAUCUCAACAGACAGGUGGCCCACCUGAAGAAUGCUCUUCAGGAUCGCUGUGAUAAGGAGAGACCUCCAGCAGAGCCCAGCCCUGCCGUGGGUCCCUUGAGCCAGCUGCUGUCCCCGCAGUGCCCAGCCUUGCUGCUGGUGGUCCAGGCGUGCCCGGGGCCCGACAGCCGAUACGGCUUCUCCUGCUGCUCCAGGGGGGCCGGUCAAGGCCUGGUGGUCACCCAGUCGGACCACUCCCAACUCUGCCUGGAGGACAGGCUGGUGGAGGUGAACGGCGUUGCCGUGGUGAAUUCCACCGAGGAAGACCUCCAUGGCCUCCUGCUGCAGGGGGGCUCCAGCGCCCAGAUCGUAGUCCUGCGAAGACCCUCGCUAAGGCCCGCCUCCUGCCAGCCCCCCGGGCCUGUCCAUCAACCGGCUCACCAUGUGCCCCCCCCCGCCGGCUCUCCGGAGGGGGGAGCGGUCGUCAAGGAAACCCCUCCACAGAGGAAGCUGAUAGCCAUUUGAAGAAUUUGUCGUUGUGUGUAAUAUGUGUGUGUGUAGUGUGUAGUGUGUAGUGUGUGUAUAUUCGGGAUGUGUUGUGGGUAAUAUGUUGUAGGGAUUGUGUUAUGUUGUGUGUAAUGUGCGUGUUCAUGUGGGCCAGAGAGAGAAAGAGAGAGAGUGAGCGAGCUGAUGUGAGGGGAGACAAUGUGUAGCAGAGUGAGGAGAGAGGAGAUAGAGGGAGAUGGGUGGCAGUGAUGGCGUGGUGCUAAGUCCGUAUCAAGUCAAGCUUUAGCUGUCGCUGCCAAAUUAAUAGAGAUAACCUACUUUGUAGUUGUGUUGGUUAAAUAAAAAAGAAUGGUCUCGC